AUGAGUUAUUUGCUGCCGCAUGUCCACUCAGGAUGGGCAGUGGACCAAGCAAUUCUUGGUGAGGAGGACAGGGUGGUGGUUAUUCGCUUUGGCCACGACUGGGACCCAACCUGCAUGCAGAUGGACGAAAUCUUGGCUGGAGUUGCUGAUCAAGUCAAGAAUUUUGCAGUCAUUUAUCUCGUGGACAUCACAGAGGUUCCCGAUUUCAACACAAUGUAUGAGUUGUACGACCCGUGCACUGUGAUGUUUUUCUUUCGGAAUAAGCACAUCAUGAUUGAUCUGGGAACUGGCAACAACAACAAGAUCAAUUGGGCAAUGAGCGACAAGCAAGAGUUUAUUGACAUUGUUGAGACUGUGUACCGCGGAGCGAGGAAGGGCCGUGGGCUGGUGGUGUCCCCCAAGGACUACUCAACAAAGUAUAGAUAUUAG